AUGGCCGCUGCUGGUAAAACGUUACAGAAGCGAGUCUGGCGACGGUAUUUUAUCACGUGGAUUUCGCUGCAGUCUGUGUUUUGGCGCGUUAAGGCCACGUUGCUGCCUCUCUUCCCUUCCCCCAGUGAUCUGCAGUCUAAUUUCCCCUUCAAAGGAAUCGAUAGCCGCUACAAUGAAGGCUGCCGGGAACUGGCGAACUAUCUUCUCUUUGGCUUCUAUAACCAGAACAACAAUGAGUUUGAAAAGUCGGGGUUUCCUGAAGAAGUCUUGGACGAUGUGAUCCUCUUAAUAAAGCCAGACAGCGUCCACCUGUACUGCAACCCCGUCAACUACAGCUACCUGUUGCCCUACGUGGCCGUUUGGAGAAACUUGCAUUUCCAUUGCCUGACUGAAAACGAGUAUGAAGACGAGGAAGCUGCGGAGGAGUUCAAGAUUUCCAGCUUUGUCGACAUGGUUCGCGACUGCAGCCGAAUCGGCAUCCCCUUCAGCUCACAAGGCCACCUGCAGAUAUUCGACAUGUUCCUUGUUGAGAAAUGGCCGAUCGUGCAGGCGUUUGCGUUGGAAGGAAUUGGCGGCGGCGGAUUCUUCACAAUGAAAUACGAGUUAAUGGAUGUCAGUGUGGAUCUGUGGAAAACUUACAGCAAAAUGGAUCCCGUUUCCUUGGAGAGUUUGCUUUAUGAGGAUCUGAUGACGUUAGAGCACCAGUGGACCAAUUUUUUUGCAAAUUUCGACACAGAAGUCCCUUUCAUUUUGGAGCUGUCGGAGUCCCAGGCAGGAGAACCAUUCCGAAGUUAUUUCAGCCAUGGAAUGCUUUCGAGCCACAUCACGGAUAACAGUCCCAGCAGGCAGCCGUUUGUGCUCUUCGGCACCCACUCGUCAAAGGAGAACCUGAACGCCGGCAACUUUAGCUUCCCGUCAGAGGGACAUCUCGUGCGCAACACGGGCCUCGGUGGGAGUACGGCCAAGCACAUGGUCGUGCAGUGCGUCUCUCCAAAGGGGCCUCUGGCUUGUUCAAGGACCUAUUUCUUUGGAACUACUCACACCCCUUACCUUGGCAAAGAUAAUGAAAUGGAGAAGAAAGCUGACCAAGUGAAACUGCUGUCCCAAAUUUACGCGGCUGUUGUGGAGGCAGUCCUGGCGGCCAUAGAUUCCUACUCUAAAACUUCCAGCGCCACCAAGGCAAAGGACGUGGCAGAGCAGACCUUCUCCAACAUGCUCGACGUCUUUGAACUCGCCUACUUCAAAGCUCCGCUACGCUCCAAAAUAGAUUUUCAGAUUCAAGCUGUGAACAACCACGGAAGGAUUAUCCUACUGGAUAACGAGGAUAGCCCGUCCUUAAUGAAAACUGUGACCAUGGUCAUAUAUGACAUUCCAGACUUACUCGGCGGAAGGGGCUGCCUCGGGUCGGUCAUCUUCUCGGAGUCUUUCCUGGCCUCGCAGAUCUUUGUAAAAGAAAAAGAUGGCAGUACGAGCACAGAAUCCAGCUACAUCAUCCCGACCGCGGUGAUCCCCAGAUCGGUUUCUUGGCUGGUGGAAGACAAUGAAGUGAAGCUGUCAGAGAAGGCGCAACAAGUAGCUAAGGAGGAAGAAUCGUUCCUGGGUACUUUCCUGACGGGAGGCGACGGGGCUUACAUUUCUUCCUGCAAUUCACUCUGCAGGCCGGAGGAAGGCAAACUCCACUUCUUCUCUGACGGCCUCCUGUUCUGCCACCCUCACUACGGAAGCAUCGCCAUUUCGAAGACGCACAUGACCUCCAUCAGGUUCUACGACGGAGACUCCACCAGCGUGGUCGCAGCCCUCCUCAUCGGCUACACGGGCUCCCUCCUCCCACACCUCCCGAUCCAGCUGCAGACUCCAAGCAACUCCCUGCUGUUCGCCCUGUUCCCCAAAUCGAAACUUUACAAAGCGUUCUACUCCCAGGUAUUCUCCGUCUGGCAACAGCGGGGGAACUCAGGAACAUCUCUGAAGAUGACGCAAGACGACUGCCUGCCUGCCGAAGUAGAGCAAUUACAUUCUCACAUGCAGAAACUCUUCAGUCUUUCAUCCUGUCCGGCUGGGGAAAGAUGGAGCCACCUAAGAGUAUCUACGAGCCUCCCGGAUCUGGACAGGUUUCUGCGGCACUUCACAGUCAGCAGCGUAAGCCACGAACCGGUGACGAGAGCCCACCUGCCUCUGCUGCUGCAGCAGUCGGAAGCCAUUCCUGGUAACCAGGCAGAGAACGAUAAGGUGGUGAUCACCAUCUUAACAGGCCUUCCUGGAUGUCGCUCGAGUGACCUUUGUACUUUCCUGGUCACCUUUAACAAAGAAUACGGAAGGUGGCUGGUCUAUCGCCAAACCAUGGAUAGCCCCGAGUGUUUCAGCGCCGCCCACUUCCAGAAGUACCUGACGAGCGUCGUAGAAUCUCAGCACAGCCGAAGCACUCGCCUCUCCGCUUACAGCAGGAAGAAGCCAAGGUUGCUGGUGGUUCUGCAAGGAUACACAGAUGUGAUUGACGUUGUGCAGGCCCUGCAGACUCACCCAGACGCCGAAGUCAGGGCCUCUUUCGUCAUUGGCGCCGUCUCCACUUGCGUGGAACCGUCGAGCUGUUACAUGGAGCACAGAUUCCUUUUCCCCAAGUUCCUGGACCAGUGUUCACAAGGUCUGGUGAGCAACGUGGUCUUCACGAGCCAGACGGCCGAGCAGAGGAACCUGCUGCUGGUCCAGCUCCAGCACCUGAUCCGAGCCGCGAACCCCGCCGUCGCCUUCGUCCUGGCGGAAAACGGGGUGGUGACGAGGAACGAAGAUAUUGAACUGAUCCUUUCUGAAAGCAGUUUUUCAAAUCCAAUGAUGCUGACCACCCGCUAUUUAACGUAUCCUGGCUGGCACGACGGCAAAUUUCGGUCAGGUUCGGUUGUCCCCCCCAUGGUUCAGAUCUGUGUGUGGUUUAACCGUCCGCUGGAGAAAACACGAUUCGUGGCCAAGUGUAAAGCCCUGAAGUCCUCCAUUAAGCCAAGUCCUUUCUCUGGAAACAUAUACCACAUUUUGGGCAAAGUAAAGUUUUCAGAUUCGGACCGAGUGAUUGAAGUCUGCCACAACACCUCCUCCAACUCAUUAAGCCUGGCGCCCGUUCAGGAGGGGCCGACUCCCCCUCCCGAUUCAAGAAACGAGAGCCGAGACCACGGCGGGCCUCAGGACUGCUUCCUGGUCUUCGUGGGCUGCUCCCUGAAAGAAGGCGACAUCAAAGACUGGCUGAGAGAAACGGCAAAGCAGAAGCCGCAGAGGAAAGCCCUGAAAACCCGAGGCAUGCUGACUCUGCAGGAGAUCAAGAGCAUUCACGUGAAGCGUCACUUGGAUCCACUUCCAGCUGGUUACUUCUACAAUGGGACUCAGUUUGUGAAUUUCUUUGGCGACAAAAUGGAUUAUCACCCACUGAUGGACCAGUUCAUGAACGACUACUUGGAGGAGGCAAAUCGCGAGAUCGAGAAGUACAACCGAGAGCUGGAGGAACUGGAAUAUCACGACCUUUUUGAGCAGAAGACCUAAAUGAAUCACCCGUCAGUGGGGAAACACUGAACCAAUGGUUGAUGACCAAGAAAUGUCUUUAUCCUUGCUCGUUAACAACAACAAAAAAAUUUAUGGAAAAGCAGACAACCCAUUUCCAACCAUUGUACAAACACUUAAGCUCCAGACAUGUAAGGGUGGCCUUUUUAAAGUGAUCUAUCAACUGU